GUAAGAGGGCGCUAGAAUCCACAAUUGGAAGAACGAAGUUCGGAUAGGAAUGAUUUGUGAAUUAGGAUACUAUGUUGUCUAAUUUUGACGAUAACGAAACUUCUGAAGUUUAUUCUUCAUUAUCAGCUUUUACCAAAGUUAAAGUUGAACCAGUUGGAAAAUGGUUUGAAAUCAUUUGUUCCAGAAGACGAAAUCAUUAUUCAAAUUCCUUCCAUUCAGUAGAAAGUAGUAGUUCAGAUGAGGAUGAUGUCAGUGGUGAAGAUGAAAUUGAAGAUAUAAAUUAUUUACGUAAUUUAGAUCCAAAAGACUGGAAGAAUCAAGAUCAUUAUGCUGUAUUAGGCUUAAAACAUAAACGUUUCAAGGCAUCAGAAGAAGACUUGAAAAAAGCAUAUCGUAAAAAAGUUCUCAGGCAUCAUCCUGACAAAAGAAGAAACAGAGGUGAAGAUGUUCAAGAUCUAGAUCAUGAUUAUUUUUCUUGUAUAACUAAAGCUUAUGAAAUUCUUGGAACUGUACAGAAACGACAAUCUUACGAUAGUGUUGAUCCAGAAUUUGAUAAUGAUAUACCAUCUGUAAAUGCAAAUUCUAAAGAGAAUUUUUUUAGUGUAUUUUCUCCUGUUUUUGAAAGGAAUGCCAGGUGGUCUACAAAAAAGCCUGUUCCACUUUUAGGUGGAGAAGAUGCAGAUUUUGAUGCAGUUGAUAGGUUUUAUAAAUUCUGGUAUGAUUUUGAUUCUUGGAGAGAAUUUUCAUAUUUAGAUGAAGAAGAAAAAGAAAGAGGAGAAAAUCGUGAAGAAAGAAGAUGGAUAGAAAAACAAAAUAAAACAGCAAGACAAAGGAGAAAGAAAGAAGAAAUGGCACGUAUACGUCAGUUAGUAGAUAAUGCUUAUAGUUGUGAUCCAAGAAUUGUAAAAUUUAAAGAAGAAGAAAAGCAAAGAAAACUUGCUCAGAAACGAGCUAAACAAGAAGCUCAGAGAGCUAAAAUAAUAGAAGAAGAAAAGAAAAAGCAAGAAGCUCUAGAAGCACAGAGACUAGUAAAACAAAAGGAGGAGGAAGAAGCUCGAGCAUUGAGGGAGAAGGAAAAAAAAGAAAAAGAAGCUCAUAAAAAGAUGAUCAAAAAAGAAAGGAAGACUUUACAUCAGUUAUGUGAAUCAUCUGGUUAUUUUGCUGAAAAUGAUAGUGAAAAAGUUGAUCAUUUACAGGAAGUUGAUAAAUUAUGCAAACUGUUGUCAUUGGAAAGAUUACAGUCAUUAAAUGAAAAGUUACAAGCAGAAACAAAUGGAAGAAGAGAGAUUUUCUUAUCUGAGGUUAAAAUUUUAAAUGAGCAAUUGGAAAAAGAAAAAGAACAACUUACAGCUGCCUCACAGAAAUCUUCAACAGGAGUUGGAGAUAAUAAUAAUCAAAAACAUUGGAGUCAUGAUGAUCUACAACUAUUAGUUAAAGCUGUAAAUCUGUUUCCUGCUGGAACAAUAAAUAGAUGGGAAGUUGUUGCAGCUUUUAUAUGUCAGCAUAGUUGUUCUGAUACAAAAAGGACUGCAAAAGAAGUAUUAGCAAAAGCUAAAGAUUUACAAAAGUUAGAUGCUGGUUUGAAGGAAGAAGUAAAUAAAAAAGCAUAUGAAAAAAUGGGUAAAUCUCAAAAAUGUAGUUCUGUUGCCUUAAAAAAUGAUUCAACUUUAAGCGAAAGAUUUGAAAAUCAAGCAGAAACAAAUGAAGUUAAUUCUGCUCCAUGGACUGCUGAAGAACAGAAAUUAUUAGAACAAGCCCUUAAAACGUAUACGACCUCAACUCCCGAUCGCUGGGAUAAAAUUGCGCUCUGCAUACCUGGACGAACUAAGAAAGAAUGUAUGAAGAGAUACAAGGAUUUAGUGGAAAUGGUACGUGCCAAGAAAGCGGCUCAAGCUGCAGCAUCAUCCAAAAACAAAAAAUGACAUUUAGUGUUGUCUAGCUGUUAUUAUAUGAUAAUAUACUGUAUUUUAUUUUGUGCAAUAGUUUCCAUUUAUUUAAAUAUAACCCAAAAACCGGUUUUGUAUCUUUUGAUAUAUUUAAUCUCACUUCAAAAAACAAAGUACAUCAAGUUUAAAAUAAUAUAUUGGAUGAAAUAUGACAGUUUGUUUUUCAACACAAAAUGUUAGUGUUAAUAGUUUGAACAUAUAUUAUUCAUAAAAUGAAUAUAGUAAACCAUGGAUAAAUUACAGUUGUAACAAUCCUAAACAGCUUUGUUUUGGAAAUAAAAUCAAAUAAUUAGUUUUAUUUUAAUUUAUUUACUUAUAGAAAAACUAUUAAUCAUCUCUUAUAACUAACACUUUAGACUCCUGUAAAUUGCAAAAAGUUUUAAACAAAAUAAUUUUUGUACAUUAAUCUUCUGUAAUUAUAUGUUCUAGAAGUUGAUAUGUACUGUAUUUUAUGACUUACAAGACACAAAGACAUCUCUUUACAUUUUAAAUUCAGUAAUAAUAAUCAAAUAUUUAAUAUAUACACUAUACUUUGUGACUAUUUAUACUAGUCAUACUUUAUGACUAGUAUAAAUAUUCUACUAUGAAAUUAUAUUUUGAAAUGUUAUAUUUAAGUGCAUUUUUUUCUUGGUAUGAUAU